AAUAGACACAAUCGACCACCGUCUCUGUUCUCCCCUCACUUGAGGCCUCCCCACACGCCGCCGCAUUCGGACGCUCGCCUCCCAAAACCCCACGAAGAGAUGCAUCUGCCGCCGCUGCGGCGUGUACCGGCGGCGCUGCUAGUGCCGGCGCGCGGCCUCCUCGAGGCGCGCGUGCCGUGGGUGCGAGAACGGGCCCUCGACCACGUCGUGGAGCGGGAGCGCCACCUGGUGCCGUUUCUCCUCGCCAAGGACGUGCUCCUUGCCGCCACGCCGCCGCCGCACGCCGUGCCGCUGCACUCGCUGCCCUCCACAAUCCCUUUCCCGUUCCGCCCGCUGCGCUUCCUGCGGCUCUACCCCUCGGCGUUCGCGCUCUCGCCGCACCCCAUCGAGGUCUCCCCGACGCCCCGGCUCUCGGCGCUCCACGCCGCCGAGGCGCAGGUCGUCGACGCCACCGUCCCCGACGCGGCUGACCGCCUGCUUCGGCUGCUCAUGCUCGCCCCCUCUCGCGCGCUCCCGCUCCGCCUCGUCGCGCGCCUCCGGCUCGACCUCGGCCUCGCGUCCGACUUCCAACGCUCGCUGCUCCCCAACUACCCGGACUACUUCGCGCUCUCCCCGGACGGCAGCCUCCUCGAGCUCGUCUGCUACAGGAAGGAUCUCGCCGUGUCGUCGAUGCAGUCCUACGCGCAGCGCACCGGCGGCUACAAGGUCGGCGACGUGGUCGCCUUCCCACUCUCGUUCCCCAGAGGAUUCGAGCUUGACAAGAAGGUGCGCAAAUGGUUAGACGAGUGGCAGAGGCUGCCGUACAUUUCGCCCUAUGAGGAUGGGUCGCACCUAACGCCAAGGAGUGACAUAACGGAGAAGAGGACCGUGGCGGUGCUGCACGAGGUCCUGAGUCUCACGGUUGGGAAGAAGAUGGAGAAGGAGGUGUUGGUCAAGCUUGGGGAGGCGCUGCGGUUGCCACCAGGAUUCAGGAAGGUGGUGGCUAAGCACCCUGGGAUUUUCUACAUAUCGCACAAGCUGAGGACACAGACGGUAGUUCUCAGGGAAUCAUACCGGAGGCAUAUGCUUGUGGACAAGCACCCCAUGAUGGGGAUAAGGUAUCAGUAUAUGCAUUUGAUGCAUAUGGGGAAGGAGGAAGUUGGAAAGGGCAAGGGCAAAGAUCGAAGGAGUAGUCGCAGUGAACAAAUCAUCGGGGAGGAGUUUGGUGCCACAGUGGAUGAUGAUGAAAAUGAGGAGUAUGAUGAUGAAGACGACGUGGCUGAAGAUGACAUGGAAGUGGGUGUUGCUUCUGAGGAUCAGGACAGUGACGACGAUGUUGAUGAGGAUAUAAAGGAACAAAUUUCUCAUUGAUUUUUUGAGUUGGGAAGUGUCAACCACACUUCAAGUGGUGGUGCUCGUACAUCUCUUUGUUGGACUGCAUGAAUGUGCAGGGAACACAGAAAUACAGAUGUACAAUCAAUCCUGGUGACAGGUGGAGGAGCAAAUAAGUUAGCAGUUCAAACAAAUUGCACCGUUCUUAUGCUAGACUGCUGGGUAAGAAAUAAAACAGGUUAUGGUGGCUUCUACUUUGUAACGUAGACUGUCCAUCCAAAAUCUUCUGAUAAAUAUAAAAAGGGGCAGAUUCUCCGCCGGAGGCUCCCACAUGAUUGGAGUCUGUGAAAUGGGUGGACUGAGGCAAGCCUUCCCCGCAAAUACGGAGAGGCUGCUUCGAACCCGUGGCCUGGUGACUCCGUGAGACAGCUCUCACCACUGCACCAGGCCUGCCUUUCUAAAACCCUUGUAACAAGUAUUUUCUACCGAAAUUACUAGAUGCAUGAUAUUCAUUGAAUAACAUCUAUAGGAGAAAACUUACCAUCUGUUUAAGUGCUAAUACAGUCAUUGGUAUGUAAAAAUCAUAUAAAAGCAUGUCCGUUUACAUAGUAGGCUUAAUUGCAUGGUUGGCAAAGUCAGAAAUAAUAUGUAAUUAGCAGUGCAAUUCUUUAACACUUUCCUGUUUAAUUUUGUCAUGUGAUUAUUCGCCUGCCGCCAUACCAAAGAAACAAAGUACUUAAUUAACAAAGGAGAAAACUUACCAUCAGACUUGAGUUUAUUAUCUUACCUUCUCCAACAGUAUCUAUAGGCACUUGCACUGUUGUUUCCAUUUAAUUGUAUCCUUCUACCAUAUCUGUUCAUACUUAUAAUACCAUAUGGAUUUGUAGUUGAUGAACAAAGGAAAAUAAAAGGUGUUCCAUUUGGAUUUGUAGUUGCUAUCUGAAAAAAGCCUAUAACCAUGGUUUUUAAAGCGGUAAGGCGGUCCAAGGCGUUGGAGCACCGUCUGGACGCCUAGGCGGCGCCUAGGCGAGGUAGGCGGGCAAGACGCCUAGGCGACGCCUUAAGAACAGAGCCUAUAACUACUUCAAUCAAAUCAAGAUAUUGUGCUGAUUUGUAUUAUUAAACACCAUAUGCUCUGCUAGGUAGUAUUGAUACAUCAUUAUACAUGCAGCAUCCUUCCCUAAAACACCAUGUGUACUGCUGGACGCUUAAUCAGCUUAGCUGUAUAUUCUGCUGAUAUUGAGUCACUGGCUUCAUGCUUCAAGUACUACAUUUUCAAACCUACACACUAAAUAAACAUUAUAAAUGUUCUUUCUAUGUCAUCUUUGGAUUAUGAAGAUUUUAUUUGUAGAAGUCCUGAUGUGCACAUACUAUUGUCUUUCUGCAGUCACUUUUGUUUUAGUUCUUAUAACUUGAUGGAUGAUGAUGCAGUGAUUCUAAUGAAUCUUCGUUUCCUAGUUGGUAUAUUUUGCAUAGCAGUUGCUUUGUUUUGAUCCUUCAUUUGCACUGGCUAAAGUGAAGAAUAAACUACUUCCAAACUAGCUUUAGCGGUCCUGUUUAAUAUCUUUAGACACAUGGUAUGGUUCAGACUUGAGUUUAUUAUCUUACCUUCUCCAACUGUAUCUAUAAGCACUUGCACUGUUGUUUCCAUUUAAUUGUAUCCUUCUACCAUAUCUGUUCAAACUUAUAAUACCGGGAGCGGCCGAGUUUUUUUAUAUCUGUUCAAACUUCACACAGUUUUUUGUUGAUGUUGUGGCUGCUGCGUGGUGGUAGGCGAGGGGUAUGCAGGGGAGAGUGGAGGAGGAGAGUGGCUUGAGAACAAGAACGCAGAACGUAGCGAGGAGGUCUGUCGUCGCCGGCGGCUGAAGGCGCCACCGUCGAAGAACAGCCCACCUCUAGGAGGUAA